CUCACUUGUUCCUAAGAAUCUCGCCAUGCGCGUCCACCUGCUCUGCCUGUGGCUCGUCGGCGUGCAUGCGUCCCGGGAGGACCGAGGAGGGCACCGGGAGGGUGGCCAGCGUGGCGCCGGGCUGCAGGCACGGAGUCCGGAUGAGGUGAGGGGGGCCGCCGGGCAGCUCCCAGGGAGAGCCGCCCAGGCAGGGUCAGGUGCAUGUGCAGACAGGUGUUGUCAGGUGCGAUGGAUCACAACCAACAGGUGUGUCAAACGGAGGUGUCUCCCUGGUUGCCGUGGCGCUGCCUCAUGUCCAAAAAGUCAGUGUGUGGUUUCGAAGGCGACGACGUCACCAUCCGACAUCUCAAACACAGCCCCUGUCCAGCACCUAGCCCCGCCCUCCUCCAGCGCUCCUCCAGGAGUCAAAGAUCUUCAACGCUCCGCUGAAGCACCUCCUGUUGCUGGGCGUGUGAGACUCCUCGGAUCUUUAGUUGAAGGUGACAAAAGAAGAAGUCUGCAGGAGGGACAGGAGGCCAAGUUCUCCGCUGAGGAACGUCCAAACUCCAGCAGAGAGAGCAGACGGUCUCAGAUUGGGGACAUGAAGCCUGUCGCAGCAAAGAAGACUUUUCUCAGUCUGCGCGAGGCCCAGGCCGUACUGCUCAAGAAGACCGCGGGAGGAAGAAGAGACAAGAUCGCCGCCGCCCUGGUGAAGCACAUAGAGAAAGAGAAGAAGAAACUCGGAGCGUCGACGUCAUCGCUUGUGAGGACGUCAAAGGCUCGGGAGGGAAAUGUCACCACAGUUCUGUGUCCGCUGCUGUGUAAGAACGGCGGCGUCUGCCUGCUGAAGGACCGCUGCCUCUGCCCGUCAAACUUCACUGGAAAGUUCUGCCAGAUCCCCGUCGCCCGAGCAUCCACCCCCUCCUCCACCAAUGAAGUCGUCGAUCAGGGGCUGACCCGGUCUGAGUUUCUCCUGCCUCUGGCAGGUCCGAACCAGGCCAUAGGGAGACCAGCAUCAGCUCCUAGUCCCUCCAUGGUGAAGGUCAGAGUGCAGCACCCCCCUGAGGCCAGCGUGAAGGUCCACCAGGUGAUGAAGGUGUCUGGAUUCUUCCCCGCGCUGCAAGCGCUCUCAUCAGCCACGCAAUCCGGAUCAGCGGGGGCUCCUGCACCAGCCGGGCUCGUGGUCCAGGCCCAGACGACGAGGGGGGAUGGCGUCUACACCCAACACUCGGGCUUCAAAUACUGCUUCAGAGAGGUGAAAGACGGACAGUGUAGUUCUCCUUUGCCGGGGCUGAGGAGCAAGGAGACGUGUUGCCGGGGUCUGGGGAAGGCUUGGGGCGCCACAGACUGCGUCCUCUGUCCUAAACAUGCAGCAGGUCCAAACAGCAGCUGUCCUGUUGGCUUCCAGCGAGGCAACGGAACCAAUUGCGUUGAGGUGAAUGAGUGCCUCCAGCCAGGGCUUUGUGAGAACGGCGUGUGUGUGAACACCAGGGGGAGCUAUAGCUGCGUGUGCAAGCCGGGUUUCAUCCUGGAUGCCUCACAUGGACUUUGCAUCUCCCAGACUGUGAUAGCAGAAGACAAGAAUCAGUGUUACCGGGUUCUGGGUUCGGGUCUGGGCCCGUCCUCCUGCUCCCUGCCCAUCCUCAGGAACAUCACCAAACAGAUCUGCUGCUGCAGCCGGGUCGGGAAGGCCUGGGGUCCUGACUGCCAGCGGUGCCCAUACUUCGGGUCAGUGGCCUUUAAGGAGAUCUGCCCUGCUGGUCCUGGCUACCACUACUCCCCCUCCGCCCUGCAGUUCAGCCAGAGAGCGGCAGAGCAGCUGGGCACCCAAGGGGCUCAGCUGGUAACCCACCUGGACCAAGGUGAGACCACUAGUUCUCAGCCGAAACCCCCAGCAAGAGAGACCGUGAGCUCGUCCAACCGACCCAGUUCACCUGUCAGUACCCCAUCCUCUAGACACGUAAACCCGGUGAACACCAACCGGCAUAAACCUCAAACUCCAGGCAGUGCCGCCGUCCGGCCGACCCGCCCACGGCCGACCGUAUCGUCGAGGAGAUCACCACAGCAAUCUAGUGGGGGUCAAGGUACGAGCGGGAGUCAGAACCAGGGCACCGGAAGAAGCCAAACUUCCAACCAGAACCAAGAAUCAAGUGGCAAUCGCAACACCAGCAGGAACCCAAGUCCCACUGGGGGUCAAAUCACAAGCAGGAACCAAGGAACUAGCCAGAACCAAGGCACUAGCAGGAUCCAAGGCCCCAAUGUGAAUCCAGUUUCCACCCAGAACCAAGGAACAAGUGGCAAUCGCAACUCUGGCCAGCCUCAAGGAACCAACAGGAACCACAGUCCCAGUGGAGGUCAAGGCACAAGUAGGAACCAAGGAACCAACCAGAACCAAGGCACUAGCAGGGACCAAAGUCCUAGUGGAGGUCAAGACACCAGCAGGAACCAAGGCAUUAGCAAGGACCAAAGUCCUAGUGGAGGUCAAGGCACCAGCAGGAUCCAAGGAACCAACCAGAACCAAGGCAUUAGCAAGGACCAAAGUCCUAGUGGAGGUCAAGACACCAGCAGGAACCAAGGAACCAACCAGAACCAAGGCAUUAGCAAGGACCGAAGUCCUAGUGGAGGUCAAGGCACCACCAGGAACCAAGGAACCAACCAGAACCAAGGCACUAGCAAGGACCAAAGUCCUAGUGGAGGUCAAGGCACCAGCAGGAACCAAGGAACCAACCAGAACCAAGGCACUAGCAAGGACCAAAGUCCUAGUGGAGGUCAAGGCACCAGCAGGAUCCAAGGUGUCAGUGGGAGUGAAGAUCGGCCGACUGGACGAGGAGAUUCUCUGCCAGCUUCGCCUCGACGGAUCCCCGAGGGAGACUCGAGAACCGGUGGACAAUCCCCGCCGCCUAAGAAGCCGACGACGCGUCCCCCCCGCGUCCAGUCAUCGCAGGAUGUGUGCGCGAGCAAACCAGGUGUGUGUGGCGGUGGUCGCUGUGUGUCGCAGCCAGUUGGGAAACACACCUGUGUGUGUGAUCAGGGAUACCAGGCCAACUCUGAGCGCACGCACUGUCAAGAUGUGAAUGAGUGUGUUCAGCCUGGAGGUGUAUGUUCGCCAGGAGAGUGCGUGAACAGCGCGGGCAGCUUCAGGUGUGUCUGUCGCCACGGUUACAAGCUCAGCGGCAACACCUGCACAGACGUGGACGAGUGUGAGGAUCCUCUGCUGUGUCCGGGUCAGCAGUGCGUCAAUACUCAGGGUUCCUACCGCUGCGUGUCCUGCCAGCCUGGACACGGACUUCUCAAUGGACUCUGCACAGACAUCGAUGAGUGUCGUCAGGCUCCCUGCGCCAACGGUCGCUGUGAGAACACACCUGGGAGCUUCCGCUGCGUCUGUCGCCAUGGUUACAAGCUGAAGAACAACACCUGUACAGAUGUGGACGAGUGUGCAGAGCCGUCUCAGUGUCCUGGUCAGGUGUGCGUCAACUCUGUGGGAUCCUAUCGCUGUGUGUCCUGUCAAACUGGGUACACACUGACCAACAGACAGUGCACAGAUGUGAACGAGUGUAAGGACGAGGCCUUGUGUCCGGGUGGGCAGUGUGUCAACACUGAGGGGUCCUAUAAGUGUGUGGACUGUCGCCAAGGCUACCACGCUGUGAACAGAGUGUGUGAAGACAUCGACGAGUGUGUGAGUGCCUCAGCUUGCGAGGCGGAGCGCACGUGUGUCAACACCCUUGGCUCGUUCCGAUGCGACUGCCUACCAGGGUAUCGAACCUUCGGCCGGGGGCGACAGUGCAGAGACAUCAACGAAUGCUUGGAGGAGAACUGGUGCCCCCCCACGGGAGAGUGUGUGAACACGGCCGGCUCGUACACGUGUGUGUGUCCUCAAGGGUUGGCCCUGGGCAGCGACGACAACAACAGGACCGCCUGUGUCGACGUGAACGAGUGUGAGCGGUCGAGGGCGUGCGCAGACGGCGACUGCGUCAACACCGACGGCUCCUUCCUGUGUCGAUGUCAUGAUGGCUUCACCAACAACCCUGAGAGGAACACCUGCCUCGAUGUGGACGAGUGCGUCUCGUCUGGCGGUUCAGUCUGUGGCGCGCUCAGGUGCGAGAACACCAUCGGUUCUUACCGUUGCCUCACUUCCUGUGAUCCGGGCUUCCAGGUGUCUGCUGCGGGUCAGUGUGAGGACGUGGACGAGUGUGUUAACAGGACGGUGUGCGGCGAUCACGCCGUCUGUCAGAACGUGGUCGGAACCUACGUGUGCCUUUGUGACCAAGGUUUUACCUCCACCUCUGAUGGAAAGUUCUGCGUGGACGAGGACGAGUGUGUGUCCAUGCCAGGUGUGUGUGGCUCUGCUCGAUGUGACAACAUGGAGGGGUCCUUCAUGUGUGAAUGUGACACACCUGGAGAAGAGUUUGACACCACGAGUAGACGGUGUGUGAGCACCCCGCCCUCACCACCACAGCGAGGGACGUUCCCCAUCGGCUCCUCUUCUUCUCCGUCGUCCUCCACCUUCCAUGCCGGUGUAUUUGACCUUGCUCCGGUGCUGCCCCGCCUGCCCGCGGCCGGCCCCGGCGAGCUCAGAGAGUGUUACUACAACCUGGCCGACGGCGGCUCCUGCAGCCUGCUGGCCGCCAACACCAGCCAGCAGGAGUGCUGCUGCACGCUGGGGGAGGGGUGGGGCCUGGGCUGCCAGUACCACGCCUGCCCCCUCAUCGGCACAGCGGACUUCCUGUCGCUGUGUCCGAGUGGGAGAGGAUACGUGUCCACAGGAGCUGGAGCCUUCAGCUACACAGAUGUGGACGAGUGCAAGCGCUUCCAUCCAGAGGUGUGUAAGAGCGGAGUGUGUGUCAACAACAUUCCUGGGUACAACUGCUACUGCUCCAGUGGAUUUGUGUACAGCAGCACACUGCUGGAGUGUGUUGACCUGGACGAGUGUGAGCAGGAGACGUGUGUUGGAGGCCAGUGUGUCAACACAAUCGGUUCGUAUUACUGCAGCUGUCCGCCGCCUCUGGUGCUGGACGACACCCAGCGCAACUGUGUCAACUCGUCUCACCUCAACCUGGAUGAGAACCUGUCAGUGUGCUGGCAGACCGUCAGCGCCGACUUCAUGUGUCAGAGUCCCCUCUUGGGGGCGCAGGUCACCUUCACGGACUGCUGCUGUCUCUAUGGCGACGGCUGGGGCAUGGAGUGUGCCCUCUGCCCUGCCACCGACUCUGAUGACUUUGCCAGCCUGUGCAGCUCGUUUGCUCCUCCCGUGUUUCCCCAACCUUUCCCGGACUCGACUGGACCGGAGACACCUGAACGAGGAAGAGUGGGAGCUCCCCUGUUCUUCCCUCCCUUCAGUAGCGACACUUUCCCCCCCAGCACGGACUACGGGGGUCCCGAGGACUAUGAGGAUUACUCCCCGGGAGGGGGUGGCCGGCCUCAGGCCAGCCUCAGCCUGCCUGGCGCCGUUUACCGAGGAGAGCCCUUUGAUGGUUACUACACCGACCCCGGUGGAUCGCCGUUCAGGCCUUCGGACCCCCGGCCUGGCACUCCUCCUCUGGGCCUGGCUCCUCGACCGGGAGCCUACGAGGAGGAAGAGGAGGACUCUUGGGGGCCGGGGCCGCCGUUCCCCCCCUUCGGCGGUGACAGGAGCAGAGGGGGCGGGGCCCUGAGAAGGGUGUACGAGAGGCGUUACGACUCCUACGCCGGACUGAGCGCGGCGGAGGAUUGUGGAUUCCUCCACGACUGCCAGAACGGCAGCUGCAUCCGCGUGGACGAGGGCUACACCUGCGACUGUUACCACGGUUACCAGCUGGACAUGACCACCAUGACGUGCACAGAUGUCAACGAGUGCGAGGACGGCGCGGGCGUGGACUUCCCGUGCGUGAACUCGCGCUGCGUCAACACGGACGGCUCUUUCCGCUGCGUGUGUCGGAGAGGCUACGUCAUGUCCCGCAGGCCCAAUCACUGUGUGGCCGCCUAGACCGCUCCGGAUAUGAAGACCUGUAUUAAUCACUUCCAACGAAAACAUGGCCAUUAGCAUUGCGGUUAGCUCGAAGCUAGUGUUGCGUUUUGGACCAGUUGUUCCUCCCAGGGAAUUCAAGUCACAAGUCGCUCCCAAAUUCUUUACGACACUUAAAGCUGAGUUGGAAAAAACCCCCACCGGAGACAGAAUAGGUAUUUUGUUGUAUAUUUUCAAAGCUUUGCAAAUAUACUUUUUGAGACCAUUCUAUUGCGCCGCCCAAAAUGGUCUGUCUCCCCCGACCCAAAACCCUCUCUCCUCCCCCCCUCUCUCUAGACAAAAUAUAUGCUAGUCUAAACACAUUCCAAAGCAUUCAAGGUUAACACACACAGUUUACUACAAAGUCGGUGAAACGGCGAAACAAUUAAAACGAUUCCGGUUCUCCAUCAAGCAGUGAUUGAUAUUAAAGUCUUAAGAUGUUCAAACCAACAUCUUAACAGCCCCAACAAGCAUUUGAAGUGCCUAGCUAAAAGCUACAUUCGUAGUUAGCCAUUAGCUUACUGAUAAGCAUGCUAGGAACUGAAAUGUUCUGAAAAAAUUUUUUUUUUAAAGCCUCAACUUAAUUUUUAAUAUUUAAUUGUGUCCCCUUGAAUAUGUUGUAACUUUACAUCUGACAAAACCCCAAACUUGAUUUACCCUCUUAAGGCCCAAGCUGUUUGUUUACAUGAUUGUUUUAUUUCUCUUUGGACUUAUUGGACCCUAAUUAGAAUAAAAAGUAAAAAUCAUGAUGUACUUAGUCCAUAAGUACACACACGUGUACUUCAUGUGUAGUGACAUGCUAGUUUUAAUUUUUUUACACUUUUUCCCCCCAAAUUCCAUUGUAUGUUAUACUCUUCUGACACCACCAGAUGGCAGUAUAAGUGUCCACAUACGUGGCCAUAAGACCCCAAUUCAGUAGUGUACACAAUUUUGGACAUAAGAGCUGAAAGGUGCUGUCCACACAUGUGGCCACUAAGCCUUUAGAGGUUAAUUAAACGAAAAUUCAGUUUGAUGGUUUCAAUUCCAAGUUCUAGGACUCGAGUUAACGGUUGCAAAAAUAGUUUAAAAAUUAGCAUGUUAAUGUUAGCAUACUAACAGUUAAUAUAGGUCACGGACCAAGUUAUGACUCUUGUGUUGUACGGUUGCAAAAUUAGCUAAAAAGUUAGCAUAUAUCAAAUUCCAAGUUCUAGGACUCGAGUUAAUCGUUGCAAAAAUAGUUGUAAAAAUUAGCAUGUUAAUGUUAGCAUACGAACAUUUAAUAUAGGUCAUGGACCAAGUUAUGACUCUUGAGUUGUACGGUUGCAAAAUUAGCUAAAAAGUUAGCAUGCUAAUAGUUAGGAUAUAUAAAAUUCCAAGUUAUAUGACUGAGGUGUACUGCGGAAACAUUUCUUAAAAAAGGUUAGCUUGUUAAUGUUAGCAUACUAACAGUUAAUAUAGGUCACGGACCAAGUUAUGACUCUUGAGUUGACGGUUGCAAAAUUAGCUAAAAAAAUUAGCAUGUUAAUGUUAGUAUACUAACAGUUAAUAUAGGUCACGGACCAAGUUAUGACUCUUGAGUUGUCCGAUUCUAAAAUUAGCUAUAAAGUUAGCAUGCUAACAGUUAGCAUAUAUCAAAUUCCAAGUUAUAUGACUCGAGUUAACCGUUGCAAAAAUAGUUGUAAAAAUGUUAUACUCUUCUGACACCACCAGAUGGCAGUAUACGUGUCCACAUACGUGGCCAUAAGACCCCAAUUCAGUAGUGUACACAAUUUUGGAAAUAAGAGCUGAAAGGUGCUGUCCACGCAUGUGGCCACUAAGCCUUUAGAGGUUAAUUAAAAGAAAAUUCAGUUUGAUGGUUAAAAAAAGUGUUUCUUAUAAAAGAAUCCUCUUUAGUGUAGCUUUUCUAGUUAGUGUUUUUUUUUUCUAUUACAAGUAUUUAAUAACAGCUUCCACGCCAAAUGUAAAUAUGGAAGAAUAUUUCAUAUCCUGUUUUAUGACUGUGUUGUGAUGAACUUUUAAAGGUGACCACGUUCUACCAUGCACUGUAAGACGUGCCAGAGACUUGAUUUUAUAUUUAUAUUUACAAAGUCAUCCUACUCCUUGUCUCUGGUACCUUUUUUUUUGGAAAUGGAAUUAUAUUUGCACACCUUUUCAUCUAAA